ACGAGUUCUAUUCCUCCCUCAAUGACAAGGACAUCGCACGGCUCAUGGAGCUGAUUGACCCUGACUGCACCGUCGAGCACGCUUCCUAUUACAAACCACUUAACUUCAAGAAGACGAUGACCUACUUCGCAAGGCUCAUGGGAUCCAUGGGGGAGAAUGCCAAAUUUGCCAUCGAUGAGAUUUGUCAAGGAGUAGAACCCACUGCUGCCGUGGUAUUGUGGCACCUUGAGUGGAAAGGUAAGAUCAUCCCAUUUACCCAAGGCCUUAGUUUCUGCACGUGUUCAGCAAAUGGAGACGAGCUUCUUAUCAGGAAAGUUCAUAUCUUCAAUGAGUCACCUGUGAAACAAGGAAACCAGGCACUGGACAUACUUCAUUCCGUUGCCUAUUCGUUCGACAAAAAUCCAGAAUCAGCUGAAAAAAUUCUACAGGACACAAAAGGGCUUGGGUCCUUUGUCAAGCUUUACGAGCUCUGCAUGGAGCUUACCGCGCGUCUUUUCAGAUUUGUGGCGGGUGGAUUGAUUACGGGACUCCUCAUUUUGUAUAGCAUAUGCAAGGAGUUCAUGUAAGGAGGCAAUACCACAGGAAAUCCCACAUUUUCAGAAGAAUAGCAGUUCUCAAAGAUACCCUGGUUUAUUUCCCGAGGCUCAUCCUAUUCUUGCUCCUGUGAAACAAAAAACGGUGUCAUUUCAGUCUUAAAAGAAAAUGGCUGUCGGUGUUUGUAGGAAUGUGUAUUGUUGUAAGAAAGACAGGAAGUACUGAGCAAUGCUACUAUCACAUUCUAAUAUUACUAUUG